CUAGUAAUAAGGAAUUUAAAAAUGUGGCAACUUUUAUCAGCAGCAAUUUCAUUCAUUAUCCUGCACUACCUCCUCGGCAUAGGACGGGAGGUAGCUCACAGUGAGAUUGUAGGAGGAAGUAUAAGUGAUGUGUGAACCACGGUGGAGGAACUUAGGGUUAUAAACUAUGAAAUUCACCCGCAUUUAAACCGGCUAAGGGGGUCAGAGUUUUUCAGAAUUUUUAGAGUAAAUUUAGACAGACGAUGUCCCUUCUGGGAAGCAGAAGGCAGAUGUAUCACUAAUAAAUGUACAGUAGACGAGUGAGAGACUAAAGAGGUCCCUCAACAGUUUAAAAUGUGUAAUCAGACCUUUGACGUAGAGAAGGAUCUUGAGGAAUCAGAAAUGACUAUGAUUAACUCUUUCCUACCUAAUAUGCUAGAAGAUGAGUGGAUGAGGAUUGAGGAGAACGAUCAAGAAGCUAUUUUUGUAAACAUCUUGAAUAAUGGGCAUGCAUGGACCUUCUUCAACGGAAGUCAUAUUUGGGACGCAAUUUAUACAAGCAGUUGUAACAAUACUCCAAAUUCUAACAAAAAUUCAGGCUUGAGACAAGAUUUUACAAGAAAUCAUAGUGCAAAGGACUGACCAGAAAACCCAGUUCUCUACAGACUCAUAAGUGGGGUACAUGCUAAUGUUAACCUUCAUAUUACUCACAAUGACUUUGAUCUGAACGGAGACCCUCUUCCUCCGAAUCACGAUAAAUAUUUAGAAAGAGUAGGGUUUCACAAAGAAAGGCUUGAAAACCUAUUCCUUGCUUAUUCCCUCACGUUACAAGCAAUCAACAGCCUAAAUGGUAAAGUUGAAGAGUUCUCAUACAUUGCUGAUAAUCCUCAAGCAGAUCAGGAAAUGAAGGAGACUCUUCAUGCUCUGAUAGAAGACUCCAUUAAGGUAUGCAAGAACCCUUUCUUAGCUGAUAAGUUGUUUGAGGCUUUUCCUAAGCAAGAAUUUAUUAAGAAGAUCAAACCGAUAUUUUAUAAUAUCACUAAAAUCCUUGAUUGAGUCACAUGUGAAAAAUGCAAAUUAUACGGUAAACUCCAAUUCACAGGUCUUACAGCUGUCAUGAAGAUCAUGUUUGGGCAAGGAAAUGAGUCAAAGCUCACAAGAAACGAGAUGGUUGGAUUGAUCAACCUCAUGGCUAAGUUAGCUGAUUCAGUAGAAUGGUACUUUGAAUACUUGGAAUAUGAGAAAACUAUGCUGUAUAAAAUACGAAAUGCUAUUAAAACAGAGGCACCAAUAUUACUCAUCCUCACCCUGUUUUUGAUAUAUACAAUAUCCCAAUCUCGAGAGGCCAGACCUUUUCAAGCACCUCUAACAUUCUUAGAUAAAAAGCAUCAAUAA